UUCAUAACUUAGCGUCCGUACUUUUUGAUAUUGAAUCGCUAUUAUCUCUAAUUUACUAUUGUUGUACAAAUCGGUUUAAUUUACAGUCUGAAUUCUCUUCAAUUUCAGUGUCUGUGAAGUAAUCGCAGUUGACAUAAUUCCUGAAAUCUGUCCUUUGGGUUCUUGUGUGUGUAGCGGUGUUUUGUCAAGAUGGGCAAAAAAGUGAGAGAAUAUAAGGCUGGCGACUUCAUUUUUGCCAAAGUUAAAGGGUAUCCAGCAUGGCCUGCUAGGGUACAAAAGUUGAACGGAAAGAGAUACUUUGUGUAUUUCUAUGGGACUGGUGAAACAGCCAACCUCCCGCCAAACAUGAUAUUUGACUAUGCGGAGAACAAAGACAAGUUUCUCACCAAAACGGUCAAGAGGAGGGAUUUCAACGACGGGGUCAAACAAAUUGAGUAUGACUUCGCUAAUAAUGUACCUCUGGAGGAUGUUAUCGGCGUUCCUGUAGUGACUCCAUCUGACGGGGCAGUAGACGAAUCUCUGAAUGACACAGCCAACGACACGGCGGACGAAACCGUUGACACCACGGCGGUGAACGAUUCUGUAGCUGAUGAGAGCGCAGUCAACACAACCGUACAGAAUGAAACCGCUGUAGAAGACUCGGAUGAAAACGGAGCUUUGGUGAUCGAUGAAGGCAAUAAGAAAGGCAAAAAGGCCAAGCCGGACGCCAAGUCGAAAGACGCCCAAAAGGCGAAAGAGCCUAAAACUCCACGCGGGAAAGGCAAGAAAGAGGAGAGAGAAGACGACGGGGACAAGGAGGUCGAGAGGAAAGAGGAAGAGAUUGUCAGCAGAAGCGGGAGGAAAAUACGGCCGAAAAGAUACAUAGACGAACAGACAGAAGAGAAUGCCACACUGCCAUCGCCGGCGCCAAAGAAGCGUCGAGGGGCUUCCCCGGUCGAAAACAAGGAAGCCAAAGACAAACCUUUGGAGAAGAACACGAAACAUUAUAAUACUGUAUCGCAGUCAGAAUUGGAAGACUUGAAAGAACCAUAUAAACCAGACGACGCAGAAAAAGACAACAUAUUAAUCGCCUAUCUUCCCACGGGUCAAUACAUCGGCGUGAAGCUGUUCCAGUCCAGGCCGUCCAGUUUCAAGAGCGAGAACGCCAGACUGCAAUGGGAUAAGCAGGCGGCUUCCAAUGCUGUCACCUUGAAAUUACAAUUAGAACGUGGUCAAAUAAAACCGGAGUCAGUCCUGGCCCAGCUGGUGAUGGAUCUGAACCUCACGGAUGAAGAGAAGACCACUUUGGACAAGGAGAGAGAAACUGAAGAGAAAAAAUCGCGCGUUCAGUUCCUGAAGACGGAGAUGAAACUAAUAGAGUUGGACGCGAAGAUUAAAACCUGCUUGUGUCUGGAAAAAGCUGAUACUGAGCUUUGUCUGAAGCUUUUGGACGAGUUGUUGCAGCUGGACGUGAAGCCCCUGAUGCUGCUGAAGCACCCCACGUGCGUGGAGACGGUGAAGCGCAUGCGCGCCUACGUGGGCAACACGCCCUCCUGGGACCUCAGCGAGAGUGCGGCGCUGCAGUUCAGCAAGCAGGCGAUGAGGAUCAGGAAGUUGGCCGACACCCUGUAUAAGAAUAUGAAGGAGCUGUUCACAACACCGGACGGUCUAUCGUUCUGGGAAUUCUUCUCGGAGCGAGUGACACAGUUCAAGAAUGCCACGGCUAAGCUCAGUGCUGACGAGUUGCUGGAAAUGGUCCACGAGCCUUUAGAAAUGUCAAUGCCCACAUCGCACAACAUGAAGUCAGCUAUAGACGCGGCCAACGACGAGGAGAAAGAGAAGGCUGAUGAGAAGGAAGAUGAUAGUAAUCAGAAGAAAAAAACACCAGUAAAACAAAAGAAACCAGUGAACAACAGUACACCGUCGAAAGCUUCAAAACGUCAGAGGAAACAUCAAGAAGAGAAAGAAUCAGAAAAGGAGAAACAGAAAGCAGACGAACAGACAGACACGCCGAUGGAGACGGAGGCAGCUCCUAUUGAAGAGGCUAGCAACGAUAAAGAACCAGAAGCCAAUAGCAAUGAAGAACAAACAAAAGAAUUAGAAAGUGCAGCGGAACAGAACGACUCUGACAAAGAAAAAGAGAAGCAAGUCGCGGUCACCGAGACGGACAGCGAGAAAGUUGAAGAAGAUUUAAAACCUAAAGACGGUAAUGCGGAAGAGAAAUUGACGACAGAAGAUGAUAAGGACAAGAAAGAGAGUGAAGAAGUUAAAAGCAAGAGUAAAGAUAAGGAAACGAAGAGUAACAAAGAUGCUAAAGAGAAAGAGCCAAAAGAAUCGAAAGAAUCAAAAGAUUCAAAAGAGUCUAAAGAAAAGGGAACAGAAGAGAGCAAAGAAGACAGCAAAGAUGAGAAGGAAAAAGACAUUGGGGAGCCGAGAGCGAAGCGAUCGAGAGAGAGCAAGAAGACUGAAGCGCCGCCGCCGAGGUCGCCGGCCAAAAGAAAGUCCAAAUUCUAAGUGUUGCCAACAAGGAAUAUUGGAUUUAUUUUUUUACCGCCAACACAGCACGACGCGAGGAUUUUAGUUUUAGGAAGAAAAAAAAUGACGAUGCUUUGAUUCCGUUUCGGGAGACGCCAUGUUUGGUUAUUUAAGGUAUUAAGGAACCUUUGAAGAGUUAAAAUAUUAAAAAAAAAUGAUUUUAGUGGGAUAAUUUUCCACUUUUGGUUAUUUUAAAUACAUUCAAUGAGUAAAUUGAUUUAUGGUCAAGUGCAAAAGUUAGAGAAAAUAGUUCUGAAGAUGUAUAUAGUUUUUUAGCUAUAAACAGACAGAUUUCUAAGAAAUAUAUAUUAAGAUUAACACUACAUCAAGAAUCACCUAUUAAGUAUAAGGUUUCUUAUGCCUUAAAUGCAAUGUAUUGAUGAUAAUGUGACGUACAUUUUAUGUUACCAAGAUGUGGUAACCGCUUACCAUCAGGCAUAAAUAAUUGAAUGUCGAAAAAAGUCAAGGCAUCGUCAGAGUUUUAAAAUGAAGUUAUGUAAUGUGAAGAAAGUUUCACAAUAAAAAGCAUGUGUCCGAUUAUUAUUGUAAGAUAUGAAACCAAGGGUUGAAAUAUCAUUUGACUUGUCCAUUUUAUAGAAAUUUGUAUGUUUCAAGUCCAAAGUUUGCUCAAAUUUUGGCAGAGAACUUGGUUUACACUAAAGGCGUGAUCACACUAAACACAGCGUAGUUUCAAAGCUUGCCCGCACCAAGUUCGAAUACAAGAAACAAAUUCAAUGUGUUCACACUGCGGCAGAUUACAACGAGCGCGUGCGCACGUUUCAAUUAGAUGUGAAGAGUUCGCAGAGUUUCUUGUAUUACAACUUGGCGCUGGUCCGCUUUCAAACUGCGCUGCUUCUGACCUGCGUUUGGUGUGUUAGAGCCUUUAUUCGUAUUCUAUUUUUACACUAGGUAUACCAACUCUUAUUUUAAAUUUCCCGACUUAACAUUCUCACUUUUAAACAGUGGUCAUAAGUCGUCUCAUCCCUAGGGAAGACUAAUUCCGGUAUAAAGUCAGGAUUGAGGUGACAGUGUUCAAUCAAGUUAUUAAAAUCACACGUUAGAUAAUAGAAAUUGUAGUCUAUUUCUUUAGACACUUAUAUCAAGGAAAACAAUAUUGAUGUUUUUAAAAUGUGUAGGUACUAUGUUUUACCAAAAGUUAAUCUCUAUACAUCUAUCAUACACAUAAAAACGUCUAUCCCUUACGGGGUAGACAGAGCCAACAGUCUUGAAAAGACUUAUAGGCCACGGUUCAGCUGUUUGGCUUCAUGAAAGAAUUAAUUCUAUUUUUCCUUAAUUCUGUACGACAUCUUAUAUUUCAUCUUGCUUAUUCUUCUAACGGCUCAUUAAUUUUAUGUGCAUUUUUCGACAAAAAUAAGUAUCAAAAUUGUUUAACCAGAUUUAUGUACCUAAAGAAAUAGACCAUUAUUAUAGUUUGAUAUAAUAUAUAUUUUGUAUAUGACUUCCAACGGCCGAAUGUCUAGGCGAUAGAAGUAAGUUGCUUACAAAGCACAUUUUGUAUGACUCGUAAAUAAAUUGUGUGUUAUAAUUAUAUUUCAACACAGACUCUCCUGUGCGCUUAAUUAAGAAAAUCUAACAGGUUUUAUUAUAAGAUUAGAAAAAUGGUUGUUUCAUUUGGAAAUGAAAAAUUUGAUCGUACGGGAGGAUCUAAAAUUGUGACCAGAUGUGUAUUUUAUUUCAAUACCAGUAAGAACUGCCAUCCAUAUGUCUAUAGAAAUAAGCGUCAUUAUUUACGAGCAUUUUUCAUUUUGUCAUUGCGGGCUCCUUCAGAGAUGGUGCAACUAAUACAAUCAAAUUAUUUUCAAAGUUUAGUGUAAAUUACAUAUACAGUCAACGGCCUAAUUCACACUAUCUAAAUUCACUUCAAAAUUGCCUCUAUUACUGCGCAAUAGAGUCCCAUGCUUAGGAUAACUUGAUAUGCGGUUGACUGUACCAUAGUUUGAUGUACCAUAACAGUGACUAUAAUAUGAAAAACUCAAACAUUAUUUACAUCGAACUUGGUUUGUGUUUAAUAUCCAAUAUAUCCAUGCUGAAUGCAUUCAAUAUAAAUUUAGCUUGACCCAAUUUUCGAUAUUUACAAUUAUUAAGUAAUGUGGAGCAACAUGCAAAUGCAAAAUACGUGUAUAAGUAUUGUUUUGUCGCUCGUUGUCGAUAAGAGAUAAGUAACCUUGUACGGCCAAGGAUUUGCAAACACACAGUGCAACAUUAUACAGGGUGUCUGGUAAAUCGCGUUACAUAUUGAAAGGGGCAAUCAGUGUCUGAUUGACAAAUAAUUACAAAAAUAGGGGAUUACAAUUUUAUUUAUAUGUAUAUCCAACAAAAACAAUAAUCCACGCGGAUGGAUCCAAUUCGAACGAUGAGUCUCGAGCGCGGCGGGGCCGGCAGCGAGUUGAUUCGCUGGAUGCGCGUUUGAGCACUAUUUUGAUUAUUUCUAUACUUGAAACUAUUGAGUAUUUUGUUGAUUUUAUAAAGUUAAGCGUGUUCAUGAUUUAUCCUUAAAUAUGUAGCGCGAUUCACCAGACACCCUGUAUAUUUAUAUAUUUUACCAUAGUUUGUUUUAAAAACAUAUAAUAUUCGGUGCAAGUGUGGUCACUAUAUCAGUUUUAGAUUAAGAUAUUGAAGUACAUUAGUAUAAAUUUUUAUUAUUAUAGAUAUAGGCGUUAGUUAUAAAUUCAUUGUAAAUAGUUACAAUAAAACUAUGAUA